AUGGACUUCAAAAUGGAAAACAACGAGUCUUCACCGAGGGAAGCUCCACGGUUUUGGGACUGCUUCCAGGACGGUAGUGUAGACUGGGUAAAGCUUACACAUUACUUCGAUUACCAGGCGGAGGCGUUUCCGCUGAUGACCUCCAUCUCACGCGUCGUCAAGCUCUCUCCCGGCAUCAUCCUCAUUAUUUCCAUCAUAUCGCUCCUGAUCAUUUUCGCCUGCGGUAAGGGUACGACGAUUAUAUGCGACGCGGCUGGCCUCCUGUACCCCGGCUACAAGACCUACAAGGUCAUCAAGCUUUUCGAUGGAUGCCCCGCCAUCAGACGCGCUGCAACUCAAGAGUUGAGUGGAGCCAUCGGAAUUGACGGCAGCACCCCUCAGGAGCAGCUCAUGUUCUGGGCUAAGUACUGGGUGGUCUACUCGCUCGCCUUCGUGUUCAAGUACACGCUAUUGGCUGUCUUCUUCUGGGUGCCUUUCCAGGACCUGUUCAAGCUAUGCUUCGUCGUGAUGAUGUUCCAUCCCAAACUCAGGGGUGCCGAAUUGGUUUUCAACUUCUGCGUGUUCCCCGUUCUCAUCCAAUACGAGAAGCGCAUCGACGGCGCGCUGGACUUUGUGGACAAGAAGAUGGACGAGCUGAUGAAACAGUACAGCCAUUACGCCAUGACCCCAAAGAUGAAGGAGCGCAUGGCCCAGGGAGCGGCCGCCGUAAAAGCCGCUUCCCAGGCUCAGUGA